CGGCUAUUCCACGCUCUCUGGGGAGUGGUAUUGGAGAGGAGAAGGCUCUGGCGCAAUAAAUGUCUAUUAAAAUUGCCAGAGUCCUACGGGUAUCCUACUGCAAGUAUCGCUCAUGCUCUCUUCGCUCCAGGCAGGCUCAUCAACAUGAAUUUCACCCUAACUGUGCCUGAAGGCUCUACAAAUCAUGGCAAUCCAAAACUGUUGUGCACACCUCCCGAAUGGUAUGACUUCAUUAUUUUCUUCUUUACGAAUUAUGUUGCGCAUGCUGCGACCGUUGUUCCAGAGCCUGGCCAAAGCCCUGUGAUGGCUGCUCUUCAGAUCCUUCUUGCUCUUACCCUGCCGGGUAGCGCAGUCUUUCGAGCUGUAAAUGCCAUCGCACGGCAUGCGGCAACCGAAACGAAGGACCCAUUACGACGCGCUGCUAGAGCAAAUGCUCUCUGUAUGGUUCUAAAGAAGCGGCCUGCCACCAAGUUCUUGGUAGCGAUAAGAAGUAGGGACAACCGGUCUGAAGUUGAGAGCGGAGAUACUGCUGGGAACAGCAUCCGAGUCGAAAGCUGGCAGCCAAAGGAGAAGACAUUUCGCUCCCACCCCAUUCCGCCUGACGCGACUGUCCACGGCGAAUAUUGGCUCCACGAAGAUUACUACUUCGCCGUUGUCCUGCCCACGGCCUCAUUAACGCUCUCCUUCGACCAUGACGGGCGCAACCCCGAGGAUAUUGACCUCGGCAACUUGCAUCACUCGAAAGCGGUGCUGGCUUCGUCACACAACAUUCUGAAACUCUCCAUCAGUUACGUGCAGGCCAUGUGGGCAACCGCCACGGUAUACCGUGCGCGACGGGACCAGAUUCAUCAGUACGGAUACGCUGCGUUUGGUCUGACGGUGGCUCCAUAUGCCGUCAUGUCGAUCCUGAACACGCUGGCAAACAUGCUGACGCCCGAGUACCCAGCGAUGUUCGUGAUCAGAACACCGGCAAUGGCAGACGCCGAGAGGGAAAAUAAGGGCUUCUUCAAAGGGGCUAUCCGUGUGGAUCUCGAAAAUGCGAACAAUACGACGGAAGGAACACCCACGAGAGGGGCAGAGAUGCUCCCGGAACUCCGUCCACUCGUCAAAAUUCCGACUUCGGUAAUCCUAGCAAGUCUUCUACUCAGCCUGGUUCCACUUGCAAUUGUUGAGGGGCUUUCGGGGUUUCAGGAGGGAAACAGUUCACAACUUGAACGAGGUUUCACUAUGUCGUGGCUAAUCGUCGGAACCAUCUACGGGGUGCUCGCUGGCAUAAACGCAGGUCUGAGCGGCCCAGGCGAUGAAGUCGUAACGUCGAUGAUGGCAGUCAUCCAAACGUCCCGGACGCGUCGGUAUUUCAGGCUCAAGGUGGGAGAUGGUUGGCACAAGUACAAGUGUCCGCGGUAG